AGUUGGAUUCAUGUGAGAGCGAUAAUUUCCCAGUUCAGAUUGAAAUUGAUUGUACACAUCAUAAUAUUUGUAACAGACGUAAAAAUAAAGAGCGCAAAUUACAAGUAUAUACAUAUAAAUGAUGUACAGUUAAAUUGAAAUAUGUGGCUCUAUGGUAUAAAUAUACCAAGCUCACAAGAAGAGAUAAAAGAGACAAACCUAAUGUUAGUUAAAUGUUGGUUGAUAAGGUUAUGAAAUUAAUGUCUUCAUUGAAAAAGAUAUCUUCAAAUCGUAGUUUUCAGGGAUAUCAGCAUGUCUACUCUCAUGAUAGUGGUGAAUUACAAUGUUCUAUGAAGUUUGCUAUUUAUCUUCCACCCCAAGCAGAGUCUGGACCAGUCCCUGUUAUCUAUUGGCUCUCUGGUCUUACAUGUAAUGAAUUAAACUUCAUUCAGAAGGCAGGAGCACAGAAGUAUGCAGCACAACAUGGCUUUGCUGUUGUCUGUCCAGACACAAGUCCCAGAGGCUGCAACAUUCCUGGAGAAGAUGACGGUUGGGAUUUCGGAACUGGGGCUGGUUUCUACUUGGAUGCAACACAACCUCUGUGGGAAAAACAUUAUCGCAUGUAUUCCUAUGUAACCAAAGAACUACCUGAAUUGAUAGCAGCAAACUUUCCUGUGAACACAAAGAAACAAAGUAUCAUGGGCCACAGCAUGGGUGGACAUGGAGCCCUCAUAUGUGCCUUGAAGAAUCCCUACAAAUACUGUUCAGUGUCUGCGUUCUCACCAGUUUGUAAUCCCACAGUAAGUGCAUGGGGCAAGAAAGCAUUAUCUGGAUACCUGGGGACUGCCAACCAAGAGCUGUGGAAGGAAUAUGAUGCUACAUGCUUGGUCUCUUCCUAUGAUGGACCUGUCCUUGAUAUUCUCAUUGAUCAGGGAUCAGAGGAUGAGUUCCUUACAUCAGGUCAGUUGCUACCGGAGAAUUUUAUGACAGCAUGUAAGAAUGCGAUGGUUCCUGCUGUUCUGAAGAUGAGGGAAGGCUAUGAUCACAGUUACUUCUACAUCGCCUCUUUCAUCGAAGAGCACUUUGAAUUUCAUGCAAAACAUCUUAAGUGUUAACUGAUUUUUGUCAUUGUAAAUAAAAUUCUAACAGCAA